AUGGAUCAAGCCCCGGCGCCCAUUUUCUACGACCAGCCUCGCUUUGCACUCAUUGACGAGGCCGCAGAGACGCGAAACGGCCCCGAAUCACCUCGUCCUACUGUACAAGACGUCGCGCCUCCGCCGUUCAAGCCGUCAUCGUCCCCCGCCCCCCUCCCUUCCACCGAAGCGCCAGAUCCAGCACCGACGACGGCCGCCGCACAUCCUCCAAAGAAAAAAGGUACGGCAUCCGCGGUAAAGAAAGGGCCCAAGCGCACUAGGAAUGGCGAAUCGAACAGGAAACCCAAAAAGUCCAAAUCGGGGCCGGGUGGGCGAGGGGGCGACGAGGCAUCGGGCGACGACGAGUCGGACAAUGGGCCCUACUGCCUCUGCCGCGGCCCCGACGACCACCGCUGGAUGAUCUGCUGCGAGAACUGCGAGGACUGGUUCCACGGCGAGUGCAUCAACAUCAACAAGGAGAUUGGCGAGGCUCUGAUUGAAAAAUUUGUUUGCCCCUUGUGCACAAAGGGCAACCUCGUCACCAUAUACAAGAAGGCUUGCGCCCUGGGAGCAUGCCGCAAGCCCGCCCGCCUCACGCACAAUCAGCCGAGCGUCUUUUGCUCCAGCGAACACGCACAAACCUGGUGGGAGCGCAUGGUGGCGAGACUGCCCAAGGCCCAGCCCAAAGCCGGGCUGAACCAACAGCAUCUUUCUCAGGAUGAGCUCAUGGCCAUCCUCAACAGCGACCUGGGGAGCGUUGGCGAGGAUGGCACGUGGAAGGUCGCAAGGAUACCCUUCUCCGGCGCCCUGCCCAAGGGAACCGGCGACGACGGAAAAGAUGAUGCGCUCAUUCGCAUCUUGAGCGACGAGGAGAAGACGUUUCUCGACAAUGCUUCGAAAGCCCGCUUCCAGUUGGCAGAGGAAACGGUCCUCUGCGACAAGAUGCUCAGGCUUGUGGAGCUCGCGCAGGAGCACCGGCGAGCAGCCAUCACGGGCGGUCGGUUCGGCGAGGAUAUUUGCGGAUACGACUCGAGGCUGGACACGAUAUCCGCGCGAGACGCCUUUGCCGCGUACGCCGCGUCAGCCGAGGGCCAGGCCACCUUCAAGGAGUCGAAGCUCGGCGGUGAUGCGCUCAGCCCAGACGAGGCCUUCAAGGGCAUGUGUGAGCGCAAAAGGUGCAAAGUGCACAGCGGGUGGCAUAAGAUGCUACCCCUGGGGAUCAAGUAUCAGAUACGCGAGAUGGCGAACCAGGCCGCCGAGUGGGGGGAAGAGGAAAGCAUCGUGCGGGAGGCGGCGAGCGAGCGGUGGAAGCGAAAGCAGGCGGAGAAGAAUUGGGUGGAAGUUGUCGACGGGUGA